AUGGUGGAAACACGUAGUAAGACAAAGGCAGACCCGACGGCUACGGAAUCCGACCGGAUGCAGCGCGAACGUCGUGAUCGUUCACCGCGCGGCGCCCGGCCGGGUUUAGCCACGAAUAACGAAGGUGCUUCGGCAUUGCCUGGUAGUUCGAACAUACAAACAACAGGCGACAUUCCAACCAGCGUGGCACAACCUAAGCCCGCUGCCGAACGCCCAAAUGCUCGAACUAGCUCACUUACGCUCGCACAAGGCGAUGUCAAGGCACCAACUGAAAGCGCUUCUAGUGUUCACAGUAAGCAAUCACAUACCGUGCGCACACAGUCAACGCGCUCUUCAGCGACCGUCCGCGCGCAGAAGCUAGCUCUUGAAGCGGACCUCAUGCAGCGUCAAGUGGAGCGCGAGCGCGAACUUGCUCGUCAACAAGAAGAUCGCGAGCGCAAGCUCGCAAAUCUCGAGUUCGAGGCGGAACAGAUAGAGCUGCAAGCAAGAAUCGCCGCUCUGGAAGCUUCAGAUAAGUCAGCCAAAUCUCGUAGUUCGUAUUUUUCUGAUCGAGAUGCCGAAAGGCGCACUACAACUUGGGUAUCUGAACAGAAUGCUAACAUGACUACAGCAACACAUGGAAAUAUGCCUGGUGAGGCACCGGUUGUCACCUCGAGCGACGCUCCAGGACUUCAUUUUCAGCCGGCCGCCACCGCCAACUCGGUAUACUUCAACGUGCCAAAUGUCAAACAAGCAACUCUUUUGAAACCUACCCAAGCCGCCUUAACUUAUAACUACGACACAGUGGCACCACGACUACCAGUUUCAUCUGAACAUUCCUCCUCGGACCCCAUUACAAAACUUUCCCAAGCGAUAAACGCACUUUCACACAGGCCAAAGAAGCCCGAGCUAGUUAUGUUCUCGGGCGAGAUUUCACAAUGGAUGGCUUUUAAAAGUAGUUAUGAAAGAACAAAAUCCAAUUUUUCAGCUGCAGAGAACUUAGACCGUUUGAACCACGCAGUCCGCGGUCAAGCGUACCAGUCCGUCGCGUCGCUCAUGUGGACCUGCGGUUCGCCCGACGACAUCGUGAAGGCCCUGGAGCAGACGUACGCCCGUCCGGAACUACUGGUCGCCCGCGAGAUCGCCGACCUCCGCAACACUCCAAAGCUAAGUUCUCCUCAAGACUUAAAUGGAUCCUCCCCAUCGACUUCACGCCCACGUCCCCGCGGCUUGCUGAAAGUGGUUCCGGUCAUAGUCGAGGGUCCUGACGGCGCGUUCGAGACAACAGCGAUGCUAGAUGACGGCAGCGUGUCAUCUCUCAUUGACGCCGAAGUGGCAAAACGCAUCGGCGCGAAGCCAACCUGCUCGGAGCGUCUUCACAUUGAAGGUGUUUGUAAUAUGAAAGCGGAACUUGACGUAAGUUAUGUUGACUUUUAUAUACGCGGUCGCAACCGACCCGAUCGCUACCUAAUCGAACACGCGCGAGCCGUGGAACCCCUAGGGCUUCGCGCACGAUAUCCAGACACGAUUAAUAUCACGGAUUACGAUCAUCUGUCAGGUGUAGCAAACGAACUUGCACAUGACGGUACUUAUCCCACCGUCCUAAUCGGCGCGCCUGAUUGGUAUAUAUCCAUAAGUCGCGAAGUGCGGUGCGGAAAAAAGAACGACCCUGUUGCCUCCAAAACCUUAUUAGGCUGGGUACUCCAUGGCGCACACUCUUUGUCGUCGAAGCCUUUUGAAUUUAUCCAUCACGUCACGGAAGAUUUGGAUACACUUAUAAAAUGCCAAUACGACAUCGACGCCUUGGGCAUCACAAAAAAGGCCCCACGUCAGAACAGCGAGGAUCAACGGGCCGUAGACAUCAUGGAAUCAUCCGCUCAUCAACUUGACGAUGGCCAUUUUGAAGUUGGCCUGCCUUGGAAGGAGGGGCUACCGAAAAUCAUACCAGAUAGCUACCCACAGGCACUCUCACGCUUCAAGGCCCUCGAACGACAGAUGUCAAAGGACCCAGCGUUUGCAGCAGCUUUUCAACAAUUUAUAAACGACAUAAUCAGUAAGGGCUAUGCCGAAGAGUGUGAUUCGAAGACUUACCACCAUCGACCCGCACCAAAUGCCUCUUGUGUCAACCCAGAUGGCUCCAUUCGCUGGUACCUGCCUAUCUUUGGCGUAUAUCAUCCUCAGAAGAAGAAGCUGAGAGCAGUCCAUGACGCGGCUGCCACAACAAAAGGCGUAAGCCUCAAUAGUCUGCUUCUGCAAGGUCCUGACCUAUUUUCUCCCCUACUCGACAUCCUGUUCCGUUUUAGAGAAGGUGCGGUAGCCUUGAAUGGCGAUAUCAGGGAGAUGUUCCCCCAGAUUAAGAUUACCGCAAGGGAUAGGGAUGCUCAACGUUUUCUCUGGCGUGACAAGAACGGCGACCUCAAGGAAUACCGCAUGUCUUCAAUGAUUUUUGGCGCAGUUUCGAGUCCUUUCUUCGCCCUCUAUAUCAAAAACAAAAACGCGAAGAGGCACGAAGUCGACUAUGCCGCCGCCUGCAAAGCAAUUAUUGACGACCACUAUAUGGACGACUACCUUGGGAGCCACACAAACGUUGCUGACGCAGCUCAACUAGCCGUCGACGUUGUCACUGUGCACAAGAAUUGUGGUUUCGAGAUGCGAGCGUGGACGUCUAAUCAUCCAGAGGCACUCUCUCUUGUCCCGAAGGAACUUCGUAGCGACGCAACUUCUGAUGUUUACCUGCCUCCUAGUAGUGACGUCGGCGUCUUGGGUGUUAAAUGGAACCCACGCCAAGAUUUCCUAGGGUUUCGCGCCGUACCCCAGAUACCAACCAGCACUUUGACAAAACGCAUUCUUUUAUCGAACGUCAUGAAAGUUUAUGACCCUCUUGGGUUAUUAAUGCCGGUCGUCAUCUGGGGUCGCAUUUUGAUCCAAAGAUUAUGGCGCGCAGGCGUUGGCUGGGACACGGACUUACCUGAAAUGUACGUAAGCGAAUCUAAAGACUGGUUCGCACAGUUGCAGGUUGCGGCCAAUAUAAAAAUCCCUCGCUGGUACAUGGUCAGGUCAGACGUGUCGGACGUCCAGCUGCACGUAAUCGCCGACGGUAGCGAACAAGCCUACGCCUGCGUCGCCUAUUGGUGUUUCACUUACAGCGAUGACUCUGUAUCGGCAGCCCUCAUCGGUAGUAAGGCCCGAGUCUGUCCUUUGAAACCGGUUUCCAUCCCAAGAUUAGAACUACAAGCCGCACUCAUCGCGUCGCGUUUUGCGCAAACAAUUUUGCAAGCUCACCGUUUUGAGCCCUCCGCAACCAUUUUCUGGACGGACUCAACUACUGUUCUAAAGUGGAUCCGGAGUGACGCUCGCGCGUUUAAACCUUUCGUGGCACACAGGUUGGGAGAGAUAUUGGAAACCACCAAUCCAUCCGAUUGGAGGUGGAUCCCUACCUCUCUCAACGUCGCUGACGAUGCGACAAAACCAAAAAGAAUUGACUUUUCCGCAACUCAUCGGUGGUUCACCGGCCCACAGUUCCUUGUUGAACAGUCUUGCACUUGGCCGACCGAGCGCGUCACCGACGAGGGAGAGAUCUCAUCAGACCCUGAGUUAAAAUCUAAUCUGAUGGUUCUGCUCCUCGACACCCCACUCUCGAAUUCGUUACCUGACCCAACGCGUUUUAGUUCCUGGCUACGUUUACUACGUGCCACAGCCCGUCUUCUCCAGGGCGCACGCCUUUUCCGGCUUAAACUGUCUCGAACAAUAGAUCAAAAUUCCAAACUCUACAUUGACAACACCACGUCUCCCCACCAGCUUCACGCGUCAGACAUGAUAGAAGCGGAGAAGAUGUUGGUCCGUCAAGCUCAAGCAGAGAGUUUCCCUGAAGAAUUAACGAAUUUACGAUCUUCGAAGCCAGUGCCCAAGAAUAGUCGAAUUAAUAAAUUGGCGCCUACACUUGAUGGAGAAGGCCUAAUGCGACAAAACACGCGCAUAAGUUCCGCACCGGGAGUGAACGACGAGAUGAAAUCACCCAUGAUUCCCGACGGCCGCCACUACAUUUCACGACUCUUGAUCCUCCACGAACAUAUCAAAGCCGCACAUCAGUUUAAUGAGCUCAUCCUAAAUGAACUUCGGCAAAGAUAUUCGAUCUUAAGAGCCAGAGGAACCAUCCGUAGCGUAGCAAGCGCUUGCUUGAAGUGCAAGAGAUGGAACACGAAACCUAUACAACCUCAGAUCGGCAACUUACCACCAGAACGUCUUGACCACCACAAAAGACCAUUCACCCACGUAGGUCUUGAUUACUUCGGCCCGAUCCUGGUAACGUUAUAUCGACGGAGCGAGAAACGAUACAUCGCCUUAUAUACGUGCCUCACAACCAGAGCGCUUCACCUCGAAGUCGUGAAUUCACUCACUGCAGACAGCGCUAUAAUGAGUCUCAGACGUUUCAUUGCUCGCCGAGGAUCGCCCACCACCAUAUUUUCCGACAACGGGACUAACUUCGUUGGCUCUUCUCGCGAACUGCGCUCCCUACAUGACAACUCGGUCGUAGAGUACGCCACCAAUCACAAAAUCGACUGGCGCUUCAUUCCACCGGCAUCCCCGUUCAUGGGCGGCGCAUGGGAGCGACUUGUGCGGACAGUGAAAGCAGCCCUCAGAUCUUGCCUAACAAAUCAACCACUUAAGGAAGAGGUCUUGACAACACUCCUACUCGAGGCUGAAUCGAUAGUGAAUUCCAGGCCACUUACAUACGUCCCGUCUUCCCCAGAUGCACCAGAGGCGCUAACGCCAUUCCAUUUUAUCCUCGGCUCCUCAUCAGUCGUUCCAUGGACCACGUCGCUGACAGACGCAGACCUAUCCCGACGAUGUGACUGGCGGAGAACCCUGCGCUUAGCAGAUCAGUUUUGGGCACGAUGGCUACGGGAGUACCUACCGAUGCUACGUACAAGGGGACCCAACAACAACUCGCUGAACCUUAGUGAGGGUGACGUGGUGCUAAUCGCCGAUCCUACCCUUCCUCGUGGUUUGUGGCCACUAGGAAGGGUAGCAAAGGUCUACCUAGGACCCGACGGAGCGGUCCGCGUGGCAGACGUCCACACCAGAGGGGGCAUGCUGCGCAGACCGGCCCGGAAACUUAUCCUGAUGGAGGCCGCGCCUCAGCCAGUAGCCACCAGUGGUUAG